GCAUCAUAGCGUAGUGUAAUCACUAGGAAGAGCUCCCUCUCUCUCUCUCUCUCUCUCUCGCUUCUACGGGGCUUCUUUGGAGAGAGGAAUUGCGAGCCACAGUACCAAUCAACCCACCAUCACCAGCACUGCAAUGGAGCUCCAUUUCUCCAAUAUUCGAAUUUAGGGUUUUUGUCUCUCUUCUUCUUCUUCUGCACAAAUUCGCUGUGAAAUAAGAUUCAAAAAAGAAGACAAUUAUGGCCGCCCUUCUGGUUUCAAACCCUAGCCUUUUCUCUCCUUUCCUCGGCCGAAAACUUCUUUGUUUCUGGUUCAGUUCUCUUAGUAGCGAUUCAAAGAGGUCUACCGUGUGUAGCUUGCAUUUUAGGAGCCCUAGAUGCGCAGUGGAUACACCUUAUGAAGGCAAUGUUCCAAAAUUCCCUCGAACUAAUGUUUGGGACCCUUAUAAACGACUCGGUAUAAGUACUGAUGCUUCUGAAGAAGAAAUUUGGGGUUCCCGCAAUUUUCUUUUGGAUCAAUAUGCUCAGCAUGAAAGAAGUGCGGAAGCAAUAGAAGCUGCUUUUGAAAAAAUACUAAUGGGAAGUUUCAUAAAUAGGAAGAAAACAAAAAUCAACUUGAAAAGCAGGUUAAAAAAGAAAGUAGAAGAGUCUCCACCUUGGGUCAAGAACUUGCUCAGCUUUGUGGAAGUUCCUCCUACUGUAAUUAUCCUUAGAAGAUUAUUCCUCUUUGCAUUCAUGGCUGGCUGGAGUAUCAUGAAUUCUGCUGAAAGUGGGCCUGCUUUCCAGGUGGCCAUUUCUUUGGCAGCUUGCAUAUACUUCCUUAAUGACAAGACAAAGAGCUUAGCUAGAGCUUCCAUUAUUGGAUUUGGAUCUCUUGUGGUUGGCUGGGUAUGUGGUUCUUUCUUGGUUCCCAUGAUCCCAUCAGUUGUGAUACAUCCAACCUGGACACUUGAACUUCUAACAUCACUGGUGGCAUAUGUCUUUUUGUUUCUUGGAUGUACUUUUCUCAAGUGAGAGCUCGAUAUCCUCUCAUUUGUUUUCGUUUUUCAUUGAAGUUCAAACCUAGAUAAACUUUUAUGACUUCUUAAUUUUGCUUAGAUAAUUUUUAUUUUCUUUUUGUGGCGCCUUGCCUUGUGUUGUCAAUAGGCUAUUAAAGCAAUGAAAUGCUUUAUAGUGUGAUUCAUUUUCUUCUUGGAGCUUUACACCGUAUUUUGUCUGAAGAGUUGUUCGGGAAAUUGGCUUUCGGUGGGAAAAACUUGAAAUAAUUGUAAUUUGUAAUUUUCAUGGAAGUACAAGUGUAUCUUUGUUUGAUGCAA